CUUUCUCCACCCAGCCGGCUGUGAGCUGAGGGGUAGGAGGCGAGUUCCGGGAUUCCGGAUCCUCCCUAGGCUCCUAGCGGCGGCUGGUUUCGGAAGAGCUGCAAAAUCGGCAGGGCCUGGUGUUCUGCUCUUUCUUCCCAGCCACUCUUGGGCUGGCCCCCAAGAUCCAGGGAUCCGCAGGAGGGACCUGAGCAGUGGCGCUAGGAUGGGAAACAGUGCCCUCCGUGCUCAUGUGGAAACCGCGCAGAAAACUGGUGUCUUUCAGCUUAAGGAUCGUGGGCUGACCGAGUUCCCCUCAGAGUUGCAGAAGCUGACAAGCAAUCUCAGGACCAUCGACUUGUCCAGCAACAAGAUCGAGAGUCUACCGCCUAUGAUUAUAGGGAAGUUCACUCUACUGAAGAGCCUCUCCUUGAACAACAACAGACUGACUGUUCUUCCUGAUGAGUUAUGCCAUCUGAAAAAGCUAGAGACACUAAGUCUAAACAACAAUCACUUAAGAGAGCUGCCAUCUACUUUUGGGCAACUGUCUGCCCUGAAGACCCUGAGCAUCUCUGGGAACCAGCUGCGAGCACUACCACCCCAGCUUUGUAGCCUACGGCACCUGGAUGUAGUGGAUCUCUCCAAGAACCAGAUUCGGAGCAUACCUGACAUAGUAGGGGAGCUGCAGGUCAUCGAACUCAACCUCAACCAGAACCAGAUAUCUCAGAUUUCAGUGAAGAUAUCUUGCUGUCCUCGCCUUAAAGUUCUCCGUCUGGAGGAGAACUGCCUUGAGCUCAGUAUGCUCCCACAGAGCAUUCUCAGUGAUUCCCAGAUCUGUCUGCUUGCUGUGGAAGGCAACCUUUUUGAAAUAAAAAAACUUCGAGAAUUAGAAGGCUAUGACAAGUACAUGGAGAGGUUCACGGCCACCAAGAAGAAGUUUGCGUGAUGUUCUCCAGGAACAUGGGAACCUUAAAGGACACUGGUUGGAACCUUUUGCAAUCUGGCAGAAUCAGAGGUUCCUGCUGUCAAGGAUGUCUGCAGUAAGGAGAUAACCCUCCAGGAGGUUAUGUUUCACUCUGAUCGUUUUCCUUCCCAGGGCUUAUCUCAAAUAAGCUAAAAGGAAUCAAGAGACAGGAAGAGUCCUCCAUUUUAAGUCAUGGAUAGGGCAAAGGACAAUGUUCAUCUUCAAAACCAUCAUUAGUUUGGCUUUAAGAAACCCAGUAGCUAGUUGCUAUUUAUACAGUGAGAGGAUGCUGCCUGGUACCAGAAUAGCUUCACACAACAGCUUGAAAUUUCAUGUGUUUCCUAUGUGCAAGCUUUCAUAAAGUCAGAUGCCAUUCCACUUCUGUGUUAACAUUUUAUAUUUUUAUGAAAUUCAAAUAAUUUGUGAGAGGCUGCUAUGGUUAAAGAAUUUAAGAUUCCAGUCCAUCAAUUCAAUUGCAAUGUUUAUACUUGGAAUUUAGGAUGUAUGUAAACACAUGACUCUUUUGAUUAAAAGUGUACUUUGUAGAGAAGCAACAACACAACACUAAGAGAUGUUCCCCAAGGCUGCAGUAGCAAAUUUUUUACUAUUGCAGGUGCCUUAUUGAUAGAGGGCUCUGAAGAGCUAAAACUAUAUAUGCAAAACUUGUAAGAUACAAGGGUUUUAAUAAUCAAGAUUUUCCUGAA